GCUCAAAUAAUUGACAUUAAGAUUGAACACAAAAAUCGUCAUAAUCGGCCUGURAUUAUUUCUUAAUCUAAAACWUCUCCUGACUGGGUAAAGUAAAGUUCCACAAAAACCUCAAACCUCUUGUUUACUCUCACUAUUGAACAUGAAUGUUUAAUGAUUUACAAACAGCAAGAGUCUUUCUUGUUCUAAUUAACAAUGGACCUAUUCAAGAGAGCUAGUGCAGAAAUUAAGCAUUUGAACUAUUUCGUAUUUACGAAUUAAGUCUAUUUUAACUUUUAUUAACGUUAAUACGAGAACAAUUCAGUCAGAAUUACAUCCAUUUGGAAAAUAAGCAGAAUCUAAACCGUUUGAACUGCUCUUUCACAAAAAAAUUACAAAAGUUACUAACUAGUUUUUAUUACAAAGCUAUAUUUGAAACAUUUAAUGGUAAUAACAGGAUUGAGCCCACUGAUAUUGAAUCCUUUUUUCCAGGAUAAAUUGCAUUGAUUUUCUACAAAAGUUGAAUUCGAACUAAAGCGUAUCAAAACCACAAGGCAUUACUAAAAUACAGAGACCUGUAUACGACGCAGUCAGAUACGGUUUUGAUUCACUCUACCGGUAUUUUACAGACCUUAUCGAUAAACAAAGCGAAAGCAUUAGUCAGUCAUUUGGGAAGAAAAACUAAAAYCAUUUCCAGUAAACUGAGGGUACUGCAUCAUUCAAGAAAUGACGUUUUGUUGUCGGCCAAACUCUCCGCCGUCCUUGCCGGGCGAGAGGCUCCCACGAAAGCAGAAGAUUUCGUUCCUAUGUGGACAUGUCUUGAACGAUCUUGCUGGAAGUGCAUGGUUUAGYUAUGUCUUGGUAUUUCUUACAAAAGUAGCUGGACUUUCUAAUCCUCAUGCUGGGUAUGUAGUCCUCGCUGGACAGAUUAUCGAGGCUGUAUCAAGUCCAGUUAUAGGACAGCUUUGUGAUAGAACAGUGAGCUGUUAUGGACGCCGCAAAAYAUGGCACCUUAUCGGGACUCUAGGUGUUUCAAUUACCUUUCCCAUGAUCUUUAUGAGAUGCAUUGGAUGCGAGGAGAGCCCAUCAAGCACAAAACUUGGGUACUAUAUUUCUUUAGCAUUGGUUUUCUGCAUGAGUUGGGGCUCAACUCAGAUCGGACACCUUUCUUUGAUUCCUGACAUCUGCAAGAAGRCGAGUGAAACUGUUGAGUUAAGCGCUCUGAGAUCAGCGGUAACAUUCUUUUGCGGCAUAUUCAUCUACGUUAUCACGUGGGUUCUACUUGGACAAAACAAAGAAGGGUCUUUGUCUCCUAAAGUAUGGAAGCAAUUCAUGUAUCUUGGUAUCAUAAUAGUCUCUGUUGGAAACUUUUUCAAUCUCAUAUUCCACGUAUUGACAGUGGAACCACCACCAACACCACCGGCCAGGGAAAACAACAACACGCCUUGUUUACCAAAUGAUGAAGACCAGAAUAGAGCUAUGAUAGAAGUAUCUUCGCUAUCGAAUGUUGAAACUUCACCCCGUGAAAGACAAGAAGAAUCAUUAUUAAUAACAAGUCCACAAUCAACGUCAUGCAGGGAAGCAAUAGAGAUAAGUGAUCGAAGUACCGAAAACCACGAUAAAACAUGGAAAGACUGGCUGAAAUAUCCACCGUUUUAUACAACCAAUAUGCUGUACACGUGUAGCCGCCUUGUUGUUAAUAUCUCGCAAGCCUAUCUUCCGCUAUACCUAAUAGAGACUCUCAAAUUUGAAAAGGAAUCUAUAGCAUAUUUCCCAUUGAUCAUUUUAGUAAGUGGAGUAUUGUCUAGUUCUGCUGUAAAGCCCAUGAACAAACGUCUUGGCAACAAAAUUACAUAUUCUAUUGGAGGUUCUAUCGCGCUCGCUUCGUGCUUCUGGUUUUAUCUCCAAUCAAUCGAAGGCCGAAAUGCUGUUUAUGCGACGGCAGUACUUAUAGGCUGCGGUAGCUCGAUUAUGCUUGCUACGUCACUGUCAAUGAUAGCAGAACUUAUUGGCGAACACAAGACAUCAGGAGCGUUUGUGUAUGGUACAAUCGGUUUUACAGACAAAGUGUCCAGUGGUAUUAUCAUAGCGAUCAUUCAACAACUAAAUCCACGACCCAGUGGAAACAGUUUGGAGUGCCUACCAUGUGAUCGGUUUAUUCGCCAUGUUAUAAGCAUGACUCCUGGAUGUUCGACACUGGUCGGUCUGUUCUUAAUCAUCUUCUUCUUCGAGUCCGUGUUUACUUGUACUCGUAAAGUCGUAAACAGAGAAAUAGCAACUCAAACAUGCCAAAUUGAAGAUGAAUUUAACAGACUAACAAGUGCAACUGAUCCUGAAGAGAGCAAUGCCACUUUAACCACAGAAGAACCCUUAUCUCCUCCAUGCAUGGAUGCAGAUUCUACUGCUCACCGCCGAYCAGUUGAAGGAGAUCCCCAGGCAAACACGUGUGAUGCCACGCCCAGUCAAGAUCUCACUGAAAGUCAGCUUUCAAAUAAUAACGGACCUGAUUCUAAUUCAUUCUUAAAAAGAAACUUUCUUUCUUCGUCUUUGAUGAAUUUGCAGAGUCAAGCAGCUGUAAGACUGGCUACUCAUGAGAAGACGUCACCACAAAUUCAGAAAAAGUCUGUGCCAGUGUGAUUACUGACAGGCGUUAAUUCAUGUCAAUUUGCGCCAAUUUAAUGCUGAUUAAUAUUAGAAAAUAGUUUAAUAUAGCUUAGUAUAGCUUUAUAUGGCUUAAUGUGGCUUAAUAUUUAAACAAUAGCACACAAGACAGGGCCGGGUUCAGUUGUAAAGACGCUAAGACAACAGUAAAARUCAUUUGCACAUAUAUCAUAUUUUUAUUUUUUCAAGAUUAUUCAAACUCAAGUUUCAAAUCUUUAUGACAAUGUCAAUAGCAUUUAAUUUGCAAGCAUUGUCUGGAGUUGAAAAUCAAACUCCUCCGUGAGAAUUUAAAACAAUAAUAUGCAAAUGACUUUGUUGUCGUCUUUGCGUCUUUACAAGUGUACAAUGUUAAUGGAAUUCUAUGUGUAACUGACUGUGUGUGUAGGACAUUUUAAAUUCAUUUCAAAGGGUUGGAAUCCUAGAUAUUUUGAUUUCUUACAUUCAUGCAACGUCGUGAUUAAUGCUUUCUUAUCGAAAUUUUAAUAAAAAUAUGAAAAAURCCA